ACGGACGGGGUUGGGUUUUCCGGGCGCAGUAGUAUUGACCGAACGUACAGAACUUGCGCUUCUGUCGCCGCACCACAACCGCCUUGCAACUUUCUACGUUAAACACCCAGUACUGAGAUUUAUGCGAUUGUUUAGCGAACUGGCAGUCUGUCAUCUAACUACAAAACACAUCGAAGGUGUCUUCAAAGUGCCUGCUCACAGACUCAAGAAUGUCAGGGGGAAUCUCUGCUAGCAUAGCCACCGGCAGACUGCGAGCUGAGGGAAUGGGCUCCAACGACCACGCCGUACCCUUCCUUGAGCAGGACUAUGAGGCUUUGAGGCAGGAGUGUCUGGAGACGGGGUGUCUGUUCCAGGACCCCUCCUUCCUAGCCGAGCCUCCCUCUCUGGGCUUCAAGGAACUGGCCCCCUUCUCCGCCAAGACCAGGGACGUGGAAUGGAUGAGACCCACGGAGCUGACAGAUGACCCUCAGUUCAUCCUGGGAGGAGCUACCAGAACAGACAUCUGCCAGGGAGCUCUAGGUGAUUGCUGGCUCCUAGCAGCCAUAGCCUCUCUAACCCUCAAUGAGAGGCUGCUCCACCGAGUGGUCCCUCAUGGUCAGUCCUUCCAAGAGGACUAUGCUGGGAUCUUCCACUUUCAGUUCUGGCAGUUUGGUGAGUGGGUGGACGUGGUGAUUGACGACCGGCUGCCAACGAAGAAUGGAGAGAUCAUGUUUGUUCACUCAGCCGAGGGAAAUGAGUUCUGGAGCGCCCUGCUGGAGAAGGCUUACGCCAAGUUGAAUGGUUCCUACGAGGCUCUGUCUGGAGGCAGCACCACUGAAGGCUUUGAGGACUUCACCGGCGGUGUCUCUGAGAUGUACGAGCUCCGUAAGGCUCCACGGGACCUGUACAGGAUCAUCGGCAAAGCCCUGGACAGAGGCUCCUUACUGGGCUGCUCCAUCGACAUCACCAGUGCCUUUGACAUGGAGUCUGUGACGUUCAAGAAGCUGGUGAAAGGUCAUGCUUACUCAGUCACCGGCCUGAAGAAGGUGGACUACCAGGGUCAGGUGGAGAGGCUGAUCAGGGUGAGGAACCCCUGGGGACAGGUGGAGUGGACUGGCGCCUGGAGUGACAAUUCUCCUGAGUGGGAUGAGUUGGACCCAUCUGAGAGAGAGGACCUGCAUCUAAAGAUGGAGGACGGAGAGUUCUGGAUGUCGUUCCAGGAGUUCCUGAGGCAGUUUUCCCGUCUGGAGAUCUGCAACCUGACGGCGGACGCUCUGAGUGAGGACGGCCUCAGCCACUGGAACACCAUCAAGUUCCACGGCAUGUGGAGAAGGGGGAGUACCGCCGGGGGCUGCCGUAACCACCCCAACACAUUCUGGAUCAACCCCCAGUAUAAGAUCACUCUGCUAGAGGAGGACGACGACCCCGAGGAUGAAGAGGUGGCUUGUAGCUUCCUGGUGGCUCUGAUGCAGAAGGACAGGAGGAGGUACCGGAAACAGGGACAGGACAUGCACACCAUCGGGUUCGCCAUCUACGAGAUUCCAGAAGAGUACAGGGGCUGUCAGAACGUGCACUUAAAGAAGGACUUCUUCCUGACCCAUUCAUCCUGCGCUCGCUCGGAGACCUUCGUCAACCUGAGAGAGGUCAGCAACCGUCUCCGUCUGCCUCCAGGAGAAUAUCUCAUCGUCCCCUCCACCUUCGAGUCUGGCCAGGAGGCCGACUUCGUCCUGCGAGUCUUCACUGAGAAACAGUCUGAGACAGAAGAGUUAGACGAUGAAAUCUCAGCAGAUCUGGAAGAUGAGGAUGACAUCAGUGAAGAUGACAUCGAAGACUCAUUCAAAUCUAUGUUUUCUCAGCUGGCAGGAGAGGACAUGGAGAUUUCUGUCCGCGAGCUUAGGACCAUCCUGAACAGAGUAGUGACUAGACACGAAGACCUGAAGACAGACGGCUUCAGUAUGGAGUCCUGUAGGACCAUGGUCAGCCUCAUGGAUAAGGAUGGCACUGCCCGUCUCGGCCUGGUAGAGUUCCAGAUGCUCUGGAAUAAGAUCAGGAAGUGGCUGGUCAUCUAUAGAGAAUAUGACAUGGACAAGUCGGGAUCCAUGAGCUCCUAUGAGAUGCGACUUGCUGUGGAGUCGGCAGGUUUUAAACUGAACAACAGGCUGAAUCAGGUCCUGGUGGCUCGCUAUGCUGAGAACGAGGCCAUAGACUUUGACAACUUCAUCUGCUGUCUGGUGAAACUGGAAGCCAUGUUUAGAUCUUUCCAGCAGCUAGACAAAGAGGGAGAAGGAGUGGCUGAGAUGAACAUCACUGAGUGGCUGUAUAUGACCAUGUGUGGUUGAAGAGGACCAGUUUUCUCCCAGGAGAGGGACAGGCCGAACAGCCAACGUGCCCGGCAAGGUGCCUCUUCACUGGGCUCAUAUAGAUCUAAUGUAGCCUCUUCCUCGAAACCAUGAAGACCUUCCUAGCCUAUAUCUUCCCCGAAACCAUGAAGACCUUCCUAGCCUAUAUCUUCCUCUGCCUGAUCUGAACUAUAGGGCUGACCUGUACUGACUCAGAUAUUUUAUUUCCACAUUGUCCUUUCCAGCACGGUUCCAGCUACUAUGGUGAAAGAAUAACCAGCCCAGUUCAGUUCGGCCCAAUAGUGUGAAUCAGUUACUCCAGCCAGCUACACUACAGCACAGCCCCUCACCCAACCCCCCCUCAGCCUGCCAUCUACACUACAGCAACCCCCUCACCCCCCCACCUCAGCCUGCCAACUACACUACAGCAAGCCCCCUCACCCCCCCACCUCAGCUUGCCAUCUACACUACAGCAAGCCCCUCACCCCCCCACCUCAGCCUGCCAACUACAGUACAUCAAGCCCCCUCACCCACCCCCCCCUCAGCCUGCCAACUACACUACAGCAAGCCCCCUCACCUAACCCCAUAUAGCAGUGAGGGUCCUACUAGCCAUGUAAUGCAGGGCGAGACCCUCCCGACCAAACUAAAGACCACACCCCCCAUGCUACGGGGUUACCUAUGCAAAAUGUUAGAAUUUUUUUGUUUUUUUAAAAACAUUUUAUUCACUGUGGAAUUGUAGAUCUGUCUGUAAAUAAAGUGGGAUGCACGACACUAAUGAGCCCAUACUGGUAUCGUCCCGGCCCUACUAGCGGUGUCUGUAAAUAAAGUGGGAUGCACGACACUAAUGAGCCCAUACUGGUAUCGUCCCGGCCCUACUAGAGGUGUCUGUAAAUAAAGUGGGAUGCACGACACUAAUGAGCCCAUACUGGUAUCGUCCCGGGCCUACUAGAGGUGUCUGUAAAUAAAGUGGGAUGCACGACACUAAUGAGCCCAUACUGGUAUCGUCCCGGCCCUACUAGAGGUGUCUGUAAAUAAAGUGGGAUGCACGACACUAAUGAGCCCAUACUGGUAUCGUCCCGGCCCUACUAGAGGUGUCUGUAAAUAAAGUGGGAUGCACGACACUAAUGAGCCCAUACUGGUAUCGUCCCGGUCCUACUAGAGCUGUCUGUGAACAGAAUGGGUCAGAGCACGAAGCAUCAGUAUGGCUGUGUGGAAACACGUUUUUUUUAAAUCACGUUAGUUGAACCGAAGAGGAUCAGGUCUGUUUUAUCUUUUUGCUGUUUUAGUGCACGUGAACUCUUUCAUCACCUGGUUGACCCACCGUCAACCGAGGGGUUAGUGGGGUGUUAUGGGAAUAUUUACAGAUAGCGCAUCUGGCUCACGCACCCAGAGGUUCUGUUAAACACGUUGUCAGAUAUAUAUCUUACGAUUUUAUAGGUUUAUUAUUUUGUGAGAUAUGUUAGGAAGGCUCUUGAUUAUCGCAGUGUUCUGGGUAAUAUCAUUUGUCUUUUAGCCACAGCUUAUAUUCGAGGACAUUAUUUGACUAUGCCCACUAGGUGGAAGUAUUGUAGAGUCUCAGUGUGGCGAUCAUGGUACUGCAGUUGUAGAAUGUUACUGUAUAUGAGGAAAUACAGUAUUUUAGUUAUUAAAUUGAACAAAAGUAGAACUGACAAAUAACUAAUCAUAGUUUUUAUGGGUUUAAAACAUCUCGUAUUGGAUAAUAUUUUAGAUACUCACGACCACGUGGAUUGGAUUACAAUGCAGAUUAAAGGGAUGGUUAAUCUAAUUUUCAUUCAAAUGUAUUUGAGUUGAUGGUAUUAAAGGGAUGGUUAAUCUAAUUUUCAUUGGGUAAAAUGUAUUUGAGUUGAUUGUAUUAAAGGGAUGGUUAAUCUAAUUUUCAUUGGGUAAAAUGUAUUUGAGUGGAUUGUAUUAAAGGGAUGGUUAAUCUAAUUUUCAUUCAAAUGUAUUUGAGUUGUCUAUAUGAAUGAUCUAUAAGACCAAAGGAAGCAAUGAGAGGAAAACGUUCCAACAUAAUUAAAUCCAUCAAUGUCUACUGUACUAAAAAUAUGCCUCUCCCUAUACUUUACACUUUAGAAUUGAUUUCAAAUGAGUAAAUAAGAUCACUUCAUUUAUCCCAAUGCUUUUCUGAUUGCAUCUAAUAUCUACAUGUUGCUGUUUGAAAAGUUCUGAUUGUGUCAAUCCUCUAUGCAAAAGCUAGUGAUUGUAAAUGUAGGGUUUUUACCUUCAGUAAAUACAUGUUCAUGUGAACUCCUGGGAUUGAA